AUGAAGAUCGUGUUCUAUUCAAUGACUGCUGGGUUGAUGAAUAUUGGCGGGUUGAUGUUCCAGUGUGGAGGCCUGUCACUUAUCGCCUGUACAAAUUUGUUCAGACAUAUGGAAAUUGGCUCAACUAUGAUGGUUUGGGGAAAUGGUGAAGGAAGCUUAGAUCUUUAA